ACGACGAUUGCCGUAUAAAACAGUAAAGCGUUCAUAGAAACCACCGUAUUCAUUUUUUUUCUUCUCCAGGCACAAUGAAGAAGAAAAAGGGCUCAAAGAAAAAAAAAAAAUCGUCUAAAGUAACAAGUAAACUUUCAUCUGAAAUAGAGGAUGAAAGUAAUGUUGGGGACAGUCCUGAAACUACAACACUUAUGUCUGGAGAUACACAACCAAGUGGAAAGAAAAAGAAAAAGAAAGGAGGAAAGAAGAAAAAACUUUCAAAAUCAGAAAAAGCUUUGCAAACUCUAGAAAAAAAAGGUGAAAAAUUGAAAGGAAAUGCUGCUCAUUAUGAUGCCUUUAUUAAUCGAAUGCAUCAGUGGAUGCUGGACAACACAAGAUUGGCUCUAGAAAUGUUCAAACAAUUUGAUUCAGAUGGAUUAAUUUCAUAUGAUCAGUUUAAAGCAGCCAUGUUUGACCUUAAUGCUCCAGUGAACAAAGUGGAGCUACAUCUUAUGUGUAAACUUUUAGACAAAGAAGAUGCUGGUGAAAUUGAUUACAAAGAGUUUGCUAAUGGUUUGCAGUUUAUAAAAGAAUUACGAGAAAUAGAUCGUCAAAGAGUCCAUGAUGAAACUCAAUUACUGUUGACACAACGCAAGUUCCCAGCAUGCCCAUGCUGUAAAAUGCUUAUAGUUGAACCUUGGCGAGAGACAUUACCAAGAUUCAUUUUACUUGAACUAAGAUGUGUGACCUUUGACAUGAUUGGGAAGUAUCCAGGACAUCUUAAGUUGCUGGUACACAGCCACCUGCCAGUUUGUGGCUUGAUUCAGAUGAUUAUUGCAGAGACAGACAUCAGCUCAAGUAAAAUAGCAGUUUUCCGUGAUACCUCUAGAAGUCCAGAAUCUGUUUUACCUCCAACAAUGACCCUAGAAGAAUGUGGCUUUGUAGGAGAGGUUUUGACCAGUUGUGAGGAGCGUGUCUUGUACUAUGACUACACUGUAGAGUUUACAGACUGCCCAAUCUUAAUGUGUGAUCAUUAUUUUGGACAAAAAGUAAAAAUAUAGAAUUUUCCAGCUGCAGUAAUAUUUUUUGGAAUCAUGAAAUUUGAUCUUUUUGAUGUCGCUAUUUUUACAGUACUGAUUACUCAUUAAAUGAGAAUUCUAACUAGUAAUAAUAAAUGCAUAGCAUUCUCCCUGUAAUGUAUUUACAACACUGUAACAAACAGAAAGUUCUUGUUAAUAUUUGUAUUUAUUUUAGAAUGUCACUGUUAUAAUUUAUGCACAAACUAUUUAUCUGAAAGUUUUAUUUUGUCUUGCACAAUCUGUCUCAGAAAUUUUAUUUUAUAUUAAAAGAAUGUGAAUAGUUUACUAUUAACAACAGACAAAUUCAAAUUAAUCAUUAGAAAUACAAAUCCUAUUGUUCCUUUUCAAAAAUAUAAACCAUCAAUGUGUUUAAAUUACUGUGAGGCAAAAAUGUUUUUGCCAUUUUUCACUAAUACUAAGAGCCAUAUAAAUUUCAAAUGGUUUACUUAAAAAAAAAUAAUUUAUAGAAAAGUUGUCUUGGGACAUUUUCAGAAACUAUUUACCUAAAAUUUUUGUGAGGAGCAGUUUUCUCAAUUUAGAGUAAAUUUUUAUUAAAUAUAUUUUGUCACUAUUAAGUAGUUUUAUUUUAAAUAUAUUGUAUUGAUGUUUUGUUGUCCCUUCUCUAGCCUCAGAAGUGUUAAGUUUCAAUCAUAACAUUUUUAGAAUUGAUCCUUCAUUAACUUUACCACAGUAAAGAGAAUAUUUUAGAAUAA